AUGGCAAUGCUAAAGAAGAUUUUAAACCGUUUUAAAGCAUUUAAAUCUACAGCUCCUAGUAUGACCUUAAGUAUGUGUCUCAGGAGGAACCAGAAACUUUGUAAUGGUUCUUUGCUGGAGUUAGAACACCCCCAAGCUGUCUUGGGUAUAGGACUUAGGCCAUGUUCACACCUUGGAAUGUACACACCGAAAAUCGGUGCGGACAAUACGAAGACUGCAGGGAAUGUGCCGUCUCAUAGACAGCAAUGCAUCCUGUGUGGAGUCCGCAGGAGCAUUCUUUCUGCCGACACAGAAUUUAGAAUUCCCACGCCAGAAAUAUCUGUGAAGACUAAGGAGAAGAGAGGUGGGAAAUCCUCUGAACCUGAGCAGACCAAAAAUUCUGAAGGUAAUGCUGAGGCAGAGAAAUCCUCUGAAGCAGAAGCUAAACCAGAGUCAACCUCAAAAGCUGUGAGUAAAGAGAAUGGCACAACUGAAGCUACAGGUGAAGAGAAGAGUAAGCCUGAAGAAGCUGCAGUAGUAGAAGCUGAUUCUACACAAGAAUCUGAAGGAGCCAAAGACUCUGAAGCCAAACCUGAGGAAGCUGGUGCCCCAGAAGAGAAAGCUGGAUGGGAUGAGAUGGACCCGUGUCAGAGGUCCUCUGACGGUACAGAGAACAAGACAGUGGUUGGUGAAGCCACUGAGGCCGAAAGAUUCUCUAAAGCAGAGGCAGAGGUCCGGCAAGCCAGAAGAAGACAAAGGUUAGAAGCAUCGGUCCUCUCACUCCUUAAUUUCAAGAACCCUGCCCACACCAGGGUGAAGAACCUGGUACUGGAGAGGUGUGACCGAGAGACUUGCAAUUGGUGGCUGGUAAAAGUCCGGAAGAAAAAAGUCAAGGACUUCAGAGACUGUGGGACAAAAGUUGUCCAAGAGAAAGGAAAGGCAGAUUGUUUCUGCCUUUCAAAUACAUGUGCUCCUUCCCGGUGGUCUGAGCAAAGGGGGGGGAUAUGUGGCAGUGUGGCAAGGAAAGGGUGUAUUUCCUUGGCUCACCCUGCAGAAGCUCUCACCUGCUUCUUAAGUAAUGAGGCAGGAGGGAAGGGAGGUGUAUAUGAGAUGGAGACUCAGUGUAAUGGGGGCUCUUCCUAGGAGACAGCAUGUGGGCUGUAGGGAAGAGACAGAGGCUGCUGAGGAGUACACAGCCCGAGCUAUGAGGGGCUCAAAGAGAGUGACAUUGUGAGUAGAAGGUUGC